AUUGUUCACUUUUUUGCUACGUUUUCGCCGAUUGCCGGGGUCCGAAGUGGACUUUCCGUCUACCUGAGAGGAAAAUUCGUUGGCCCGACAAUGUGAUCUGAACCUUCCUGUGGUUUUUGUUUCUAACUUAUUCCUGAACAGAUUCAGUUGCCUGCCUUUCCUUCUUUAACUUUUAAUCUUUGCUACCUUAAUAUGAUAAUCAAAAAUAAAGUUUUUGGUAUAGAAAAAAGAUGCAGGCGGUAUAUGAGACUUAACAGUUGCAGCUGCAGCUCUUCUUUACUGAAUUUUCCAAUCUUGGUACUCAAAAUUUCUGCCCCAUAGAGAUGCUGUUUUACUCCAUCUGGGUUGAAAGGAUUUCUUUGUUGCAGAGGAAAAUCUAGCUUUGUCUUUGUACAUCUUCUUAUCGUGUAGUUCUAUUUCCUCUGCAUAUGAGUGUAGAUCUUGUCCUCUAUUCCUGUUAAAAAAUUUGGUUCGUUUAUUACCGGUUUAUCCGUGUUAAAAUGGUGCUAGCGCGGUUUGCUCGCCACGCCAAACGCCCACAUGGUUUCUGCACGAAAAUGGUGGCAGUCACCUUUCUGGGUCUGAUUUUUAUUUUUGUUUGGUCUGCAUUUUCGUCUUCCUCAACUUCUGUUACCUCUCAAAGGAGUAGCUUUGGUGACAUAUCAGAGCCCGUUUCAGUAUAUGAUAAGGGAAGAAAUUCUGGAACGCAGCCAAAGAAGAAUGAGCCAGGUAAAAGUGAAGUGCCCAGAGGUGAUAAGAAGGUGGAGUCUGAUACCGGAGAUAAGGAUGAUAAAAAGGGAAAUGGAUCUAUACCCGAUAAUAAUAUUGAUGUCAGGAACAACGAUGGGAAAGAUGCAUUGAAUCCAAAAAGAGAGGAAAUUGAUCCAAAAGAAGCAGAGGUGUUAGCAAGGAAUGCUACCCACAGACCAGAUGGACUUGAGACAGAGGAGCCGCAAAAGGAGGAGGAAGGAGAUGAACAAGAAGAAGAUAAAGAAGCAGUCAAUGGAGAUACUGAAGAAAGUAUAGAUUCAAAUGCUUCAGGUGAAGAGGAAACUAAAGAGAAAAUGGAGGAUGAAGAUGCUGGAUCAAAAGUUCCAGGAAAUAAGAAAAAGAAGAUGGGACCUCUAUUUGAUUCAAGAGCCAAAUACACUUGGAAAUUGUGUAAUGUAAGAAGCAAGCAGAAUUAUAUCCCAUGUCUUGACAUUGAAAGCACCACAGGGAAACUACAAAGCUAUCGACAUCGGGAAAGGAGUUGCCCCAGGACACCUCCUAUGUGUCUUGUUCCUCUUCCCCAUGAUGGUUAUGUGUCUCCAGUACGAUGGCCAGAGAGCAAAUCAAAGAUACAAUAUAGGAAUGUUGCACACCCCAAACUUGCUGCAUUCAUCAAGACGAAAAACUGGAUCAUUCAGUCUGAAGAAUAUCUUAAUUUCCCUCAAAAUCAGUCUGAGUUCAGUGGUGGAGUUCUUAACUACAUUGAAGCCAUUGAAGAGAUGGUACCAGACAUUGAAUGGGGAAAGAAUAUUCGCACAGUUUUGGACAUCGGAUGCACAGAUUCGAGCUUUGUGGCUGCUCUCCUUGACAAGGAAGUAUUAAUUUUAUCAUUGGGAUUGAGAAAUGACCAGGCAGACUUGGCACAAGUUGCCCUUGAACGUGGUUUCCCUGCAGUCGUGAGCCCCUUUGGAACAAGAAGGCUUCCUUUCCCUAGCGGUGUUUUUGAUGCUAUUCACUGUGGGAGAUGCAACAUACCUUGGCAUUCCAAUGGGGGGAAGCUCCUUCUGGAGAUGAACAGGAUACUGCGGCCUGCAGGAUAUUUUAUUUUGUCAACUGAACAUGACAAUAUUGAAGAAGAAGAAGCUAUGUCCACAUUGAUGGCAUCUAUCUGUUGGAAUAUCCUGGCUCAUAAAACUGAUGAGAUGAAUGAAGUGGCUGUUAAAAUAUAUCAGAAACCAGAAUCAAAUGAUAUAUAUGAGUUGAGAAGAAAAAAGAACCCUCCUAUAUGCAAAGAAGAUGAGAACCCUGAUGCUGCCUGGUAUGUGCCAAUUAAAACUUGUGUGCAUACUAUUCCAGCUGCCAUUGAACAACGUGGUGCUGAGUGGCCAGAGGAAUGGCCCAAGAGGCUUGAAAAUUUUCCUGAUUGGUUGAACUAUAGAGAUAAAGUGAUUUCUGAUGCAGAGCACUGGAAGGCUAUUGUAAACAAGUCCUAUCUCAAUGGCUUGGGUAUUGACUGGUCAAAUGUCCGGAAUGUAAUGGACAUGAAAUCCAUCUAUGGAGGAUUUGCAGCAGCUUUGGCACAACAGAAGGUUUGGGUGAUGAACGUGGUCCCAGUUCAUGCUCCAGAUACACUUCCAAUCGUUUAUGAGCGUGGACUUAUGGGAAUAUACCAUGAUUGGUGUGAGGCUUUUGGAACUUACCCAAGGUCGUAUGACCUUCUCCAUGCAGAUCAUCUUUUCUCACGGCUUAAAAAGAGGUGUAAGCAGCCUGUAGGGAUUGUUGUUGAGAUGGACAGAAUACUAAGACCUGGUGGUUGGACAAUUAUCCGUGAUAAAGUGCAGAUACUAGAACAUCUAGAGGUGAUACUGAGAAGUUUACACUGGGAGAUUAGAAUGACAUAUGCCCAGGAUAAGGAGGGCAUAAUGUGCGCACAGAAAACCAUGUGGCGGCCAUAAAAUUUCACGUGAUCAGUUGCUGUUGUACCACAAAUAUGUCUAUGUCCACUAGAAGGGGGAAACCCAUAUAGCUUUUCUUCUUCCACUCGAUUUUUGUGCCACAUAAUCAGGGUAAUGUUCCUUGAAUCAAGAUGGGGGAUACAGAAGUUUCUCUUCAUAUUCUACUUUGUUCACAUUGAUGGGUGCAAGGAAUUCCCCUUUUCUUUUUCA